GCGGCGCUCCGGAAGCGGCCGGCUGCGCGUGACUGCGUGCGUCCUUUUGCGCAUGCGCAACAGUUCAGCCUUCGUCGAGGGGCGGGCCCAUAGGAACUGCUUAGAUGCUUAGAGGGGACUGAUAAGGCGGACGGACUGUUUCCGGCUAGAGGUUCCGGGAGGAGGAAGCUGCGGCCGCCCGCGGUGGGACGCCCAGGCCGCUUAGCCUCGGGGCAUUGCCGUAGGGCGCUCAGGAACUCCACAUUCUCUCUCCUCAGUUUUCUACACUUGUGGCAAAACAAGCCUAGAGGAGGGACACACUCAGCCCUGGUAAUUGUGGCCCAGCACUCAUUCUGUGAAUAUGGCAAACAAGGGGAACAAGAAGCGUCGGCAGUUCUCCCUGGAGGAGAAAAUGAAGGUGGUGGAAGCUGUAGACUCAGGAAAGAGGAAAGGUGAUGUGGCAAAAGAAUUCGGUAUCACCCCUUCUACCUUGUCUACAUUUUUAAAGGAUCGCACCAAAUUUGAAGAGAAGGUACGGGAGGCAUCUGUAGGACCCCGGCGGAAAAGGAUGAGGAACGCUCUCUAUGAUGACAUUGAUAAAGCUGUUUUUGCUUGGUUUCAAGAAAUCCAUGCCAAAAACAUUCUUGUGACUGGGUCUGUCAUUCGGAAAAAAGCACUAAACUUGGCCAACAUGCUUGGCUAUGACAAUUUUCAAGCAAGUGUGGGUUGGCUGAACAGAUUUAGGGAUCGCCACGGAAUUGCUUUGAAAGCAGUCUGUAGAGAGGAUAGUGACAGAUUAAUGAAUGGUCUAGGAAUAGAUAAGGUUAACGAGUGGCAUGCAGGGGAAAUUAUAAAACUGAUUGCUGACUACAGCCCAGAUGAUAUCUUUAAUGCUGACGAGACAGGAGUAUUUUUCCAGCUGCUUCCCCAGCACACGCUUGCUGCUAAAGGAGACCAUUGUAGAGGUGGCAAGAAAGCAAAGCAGCGGUUGACAGCACUCUUUUGUUGCAAUGCUUCAGGGACUGAAAAAAUGAGACCAUUGAUUGUUGGUAGGUCAGCCAACCCACACUGUCUCAAGAACGUCCAUUCCCUUCCUUGUGAUUACCGAGCCAACCAGUGGGCAUGGAUGACGCAGGAUCUGUUUAAUGAGUGGCUGAUGCAAGUGGAUGCCAGGAUGAAGCGGGCGGAACGCCGCAUCCUCCUGCUGAUCGACAAUUGCUCCGCUCACAACAUGCUGCCACGCUUGGAAAGGAUCCAAGUGGGGUACCUACCCUCUAACUGUACUGCCGUCCCGCAGCCCCUGAAUCUCGGCAUAAUUCACACCAUGAAAGUGCGGUACCGAAGCUACCUCCUGACCCAGCUCCUCCUCAAGCUCCACAGCAGUGAGGACCAAGGAAAAGUGGACAUCGGGCGGGCCAUCGACAUGAUUGCAGCAGCAUGGUGGUCAGUCAAGCAGUCUACAGUGGUGAGAUGCUGGCAGAAGGCAGGCAUCAUCCCCACGGAACUGACAGAUUGUGACACAGAAGCAGCAGCCAGUGAACCAGAGGUAGCCAUUGAAAAGUUAUGGCACUCUGUGGCUCUUGCCACCCGUGUCCCCAACGAAAUACAUUUCCAGGACUUUGUCACUGCAGAUGAUGACCUCAUCAUCGCUCCAGAGCUGAUAGACACAGAGGUCAUCCAGGGCAUGGAGGAUGCUGAAAAUAGAGAUGAAGCUGGAAGUGAAGAGGAGGGGGAGGUAUCUUUACCACUGCAGCCAAAAAUCACCAUCACGGAGGCCAUCUCAAAUGUACAGAAACUUAGACAGUUCCUUUCCACUUGUGUAGGUGUUCCUGACACCGUUUUUGGACAGCUAAAUGGAAUAGAUGAAUAUUUAAUGAGGAAAGUGACACAAACUCUUGUUGACUCCAAAAUUACAGAUCUCCUCCAAACAAAAUAACGUAGACAUUAAUUGCCUCUUUUGAUUUAGAAAAUGUAGUUUAUAAGAAUAAAGUUUUUAGAUAGGUUAAUGAACUUAAAUUUUAAGCAAUAUUAUAAUGACAACAUUCCAGUCCUCUGAAAUAAUCAGGAAACUUCCUUGAAUGAAGUUUGACAAAUAUGUGUGUUAUCUUUUGAUUAAUCAAAUGGUCUCAAAAGUUGUCUGCACCUUAGGAUCUCUUGAGCAUCUUUAAAAAAAUUUCUAAAGCCCAGGCCUUAUCCCAGACCAAUUAAAUCACAAUCUAUAGUUAGAGGUCACAGGCAUUAGUAGUUUGUGAAACUGCCCAGGUCAUUCCAAUGUGCAGAAAAGUUUGGGAAUUGCUGAUUUGGCCAAAGGAAAAUCGAGCACACGGUGGGGUAGGAGCCAACCUCUUGCCAGUAAGUCUAGCUUAGUGGUUUCCAAAUGUUAGCUCACUUCAGAAUCACUUGAAAGGCUUGCUAAAACACAGAUUGCUGGGCUCCACCUCCAGUUUUCUGAUUCAGUGGGUAUUAGAUGGGGCCCCAAAAUUUGCAUUUCUAACAAAUUCCCAGGUCCUGCUGAUGCUAAUGUGGUCCAGGAUCCUUACUUUGAGAACCACUGGUCUAGCUGGAUCCUAGUACUUCUCUCUUCAGCCAGCCGGCCAUCCGAAUACUCCCACUCACUAUCAAAAAAGAAAAGAAGACGGGG